AUGGUCCGCACCAUGAUGCUCCACUCCAACGGCUUCAACCGUUGGUGGGCGGAGGCCGUGACUUCCUACGCAACCGUGUCCCCAACACCUAAAAAGCAGCUGCACGAACAAGUGCCUCUUUGUCGGAAUCAGUUUUUGCGGCCCAAGUCGGUACUCACGGACGCCGACGGCGUCCAAGUGACCAAGACGGAAGAACAACCAUCGCGGACGCCAGCACAAAACACGCCCAAGAGUGACCCACCACCGACGCCACGUGGCCAACGACAGCCACCACCGACGCGGUAUGCGCGGUAUCCGCCGUGGGUGCUCUUCCGCGACGACCCACCGACGGAAGCGGCUGAGGACGAGGUAAAGCUGCUACCACAAGCUGCCAACACGACAAGGGUGGGACCAGAAAACCCGAAGGCCAGAGCGGUGGCCCAGACACAAAUGCUAGAAACGGCCAACGAGACAAUGCAGAAUGUACGUCACAGUGCCCGAAUCAGCGAAGUGACGCAACGGCGUCACCAAGCGGUAGCCGCACCCGAACUGAAACCACCGUUUCACCCAACCCGCGCGACGGCGCGACCGCAUGACGCGGACAGCCCUUUCAUGGAGGAGCCGGCCAAGACGAUGAGGACGACGGCCGACCGCGGCGUCACGACGCGCGAAUAUGAGGACGACGCCGCCUUGGCCUACGACGUGUGCGUGAAUGUGGCGGACGUGGACGAUGACGUUCUUGCGAAAUUCUGGGAGGCCAUGCAGACGCCCGGCGAACUGGCUUGA